AUGUUCUUCAAAACGCUUGCUAGUGUGCGACCCGCCGCCCAGCGAGUGGCCACCUCCGUUGCCAGCAACAAGGUCCUCUUUGCCCGAGGUUACGCUGCCUUUGACCGAUCCAAGCCCCACGUGAACAUUGGAACCAUUGGCCACGUUGACCACGGAAAGACCACUCUGACCGCCGCUAUCACCAAGGUGCUUGCCGAGAAGGGCGGCGCCAAGUUCCUGGACUACAAUUCUAUCGACCGAGCUCCCGAGGAGCGAGCUCGAGGUAUCACCAUUUCUACCUCCCACGUUGAGUACGAGACUGCUAACCGACACUACGCCCACGUUGACUGUCCCGGUCACGCCGAUUACAUCAAGAACAUGAUCACCGGUGCCGCCCAGAUGGACGGUGCUAUCAUUGUUGUUGCUGCUGGAGACGGUUCUAAGCCCCAGACCCGAGAGCAUCUGCUGCUUGCUCGACAGGUUGGUGUUCAGAACCUGGUUGUUUUCGUUAACAAGGUUGAUCAGAUUGAGGAUAAGGAGAUUCUGGAGCUCGUUGACAUGGAGAUGCGAGAUCUGCUGACCCAGUACGGAUUUGAUGGUGACAACACCCCCGUCAUCAUGGGCUCUGCUCUGUGCGCUCUUGAGGGCAAGCAGAAGGACAUUGGUGAAGACGCCAUUGUUUCCCUUAUGGAGGCCGUUGAUGAGCACAUCCCCACCCCUAACCGUGAUCUUGAGAAGCCCUUCCUGAUGCCCGUUGAGGAGAUUUACUCCAUCUCUGGCCGAGGAACCGUCGUUACUGGUCGAGUCGAGCGAGGAAACCUGAAGAAGGGUGAGGAAAUCGAGCUUGUUGGCUACAACAAGAAGCCCGUCAAGGCCGUCGUUACUGGUAUUGAGAUGUUCAAGAAGGAUCUCGACUCCGCCAUGGCUGGUGACAAUGCCGGUAUCCUGCUCCGAGGUAUCAAGCGAGACGAGAUCAAGCGAGGUAUGGUCAUCAGCAAGCCUGGUACCGUCAGCGCCCACACUAAGUUCCUUGCUUCUCUUUACGUCAUCCCCACCGAGGAGGGAGGCCGAGCCACCUCUUUUGGCAGCAACUACCGACCCCAGAUGUACAUCCGAACCUCUUCCGUCACCGCCAUCCUGACUUUCCCCGAGGGUACCGACGAGUCCCAGACCGUCAACCCCGGUGACAACACUGAGAUGGUUUUCGAGCUUGUUCACCCUACCCCUGUGGAGGUCAACCAGCGAUUCAACAUCCGAGAGGGUGGAAAGACUGUUGGUACCGGUCUUGUGACCCGAGUCAUUCAGUAA